ACACACUGCGGCGUUGGCCCAUGCAUACGUGCCCCUAUCCUGAAGGUGAUCAGGAACAAGCAACACGAAACCGUGAUUUCUGAAUGACUUCGCCUAGCCAACUUGAUACCCACUUACAGGCGGUAGAACCCAGUAAAGCGCACAAAAAUUAUAAAAGCGGUGGUAUACAUUGCAGCUCCAGUGCCGCAUACAGAUCAUGUUUUAUCUCCAACUGUUUAUUCUACGCUACUAUUUCCAAAUGCGCCUGUGCAGGCACAAUGCAACCUGAUGCCGUUCCACGAAUAUUCAACAUUCUACCCCACAGUACCAAACAACAACGCGUCUUAUCGUCAAAUUUGGUUUGAUAACGAAAUGAACAGAAAUGAGAGUUACAUCCAGUGGCGAUUGCAAUUCACAGCGAAAGUGACCUAUUUCAAGAUACACGAUUUAAAGUCUGGCAGCGUCUAUUUCGAAUGCGAAGCGUUGCGCGUGGGAGGUCAGAGCUGUUGCAUACAAAACACUUUGCUCAGUGAGAUCAAGCAAACGCGUGACUGCCCACACCGAUUGUACAACUCAGAGUUCGGUUCACGCGACUAUACUGUGUCGUUUGAAUCGAGGAAGGGACCACCACCCAAUUGGAAUCACAGCAUGGCGACUAUUUUCGUUUUCACUCCGGAGGGCUCGCGCCGUUAUUUCUUCGGUUGGCCUGGUAAACUCGGACAGCUAGUGUGCCCAGAAAUUGCUCGUAGUGGUCACUCAACCACAGUGGAGACUUUAACAGAACUCAUAUCGCAGCCAGAAUUACAUUCGAUUGAUUACGAGUCAUUUAUGAAUUCCAUGGUGUACCUGCGGCCAAACACUCCUCUGAGACUACAUAUCCGUUCAUUCACUUUGCCCGGGCAAGCGAAUUACCUGAUUGCUUUCGAUUACGAGGAAAAAAGUAGAAGUUUCAACAUUUCGUUCGCACCACUUGUGAGAUCUGUUUCCGUUCUACCUACAAUGGGACACUUUACGGAACGCGUGCAGCUGGUGGAUCAAUACGAAUCACAUAUGCAACAACAUGAAUUCGUACUGACGCCGAGGUAUACGUGUCGUGCAUUGGUUUUCGCGGUCGGCUCGCUUACCGAGGAGAAAUUUCGACUGUUGUACCACUUGCUUUAUCAGUGGAUUGUGCUGAAAAAUGAUUCUGCGAUUUUUGACUGGGUCUCACCAGAUUCACCUGGCAUCCGAAUCGUGCAGGUAAACGCUUUCCCCUACACUGGUGUGGGUUCAUCAGGUGUCGUAGAAUUCCAGGUGAAAAUCGACGGCCAACAGUCAGUUCAAUGCAGUCGAACAGAAAGCGAUGGUAACAAGCUAGAUGUGAGUCAUCGCUUCAAGUACCUGUCCAAAGUGCAUCGCCUACGGUUCGCUGGCGUGACGAAAGAGGACAGUGGUCAAUAUACUUGCACAGUUAGGCAGACUAAUCGAGUGUUGUUCCGAGACCAUUGGAUUAUUGCACUACCCUCCACAUCAGAUGCACACUUGCUGUUCCUCUCAUCUCCGCUUGAGGUUGACUCGGCGGAUUUCACCAAAUGGCCUGAGACUGGUGUGAACGAUAAGGUCAUCUUCACUGCCACAUCGCCAACAGUGGCUUGUUGGUUUAAUCUAUCUGCCUUAUACGAACAUUACGAUGGCAUGAAACUGGUGGCUGAACACACGGAGUGUGACUGCCAGGAUGUGGUGAAUAAAGUCACAGAGAAGCAGAUCGAUCAGGGCGCAACGCGUUUGUUCAUUACUGUAUACAAUAUUAAACCUUGUGUCUCCAAUACAGAGAUCGGUGAGUACCGCUUUACGUGCUCUUAUGAGUACACAACUAAAGUUGGAAAGCUCCGCCGUGACACAUUUGUUGACCAAACAGAGUGCUUAAUUCGUAUCCACCGUAAUGCUUUUUAUGUGAAAGACCACAAGCCAUAUGUUAUUGCUCGCAGCAUCAAGAGUAGCAUACCGGAAUUAACUGAGGCCUUGCAAGCUAAACACUCAGCAUCUGGCGAUGUUCGAGAGUUAUUGCUGAAUUACGUACAACCUCCGUUCGCCGACAUCAACUGGGUUGUCGCAUUUGACGCAGUUCAUCUAGAUCCCGGUGGAUGGGCAUCAGUUUGGAUUUUUGCGGGAGAUCGCCCAUAUAAAUGCUUGAUGCAGCAGCGGAGACUGACAGCAGAACAUUCUGUGAAUGUGGUUUUUAGGAGGUCGGACACAAAUCCGGUGCGAAAUUCGCUGUGGAAUUACCAGUGUACGUGCUUGUUACGCCCACAUACAUCUACUAUUGUGUUGCUCACUUUUAAUACUAUGAACGCAGUAGUGAAUAAAGAUGAACUCACGUUUACUUACUUGAAUAUGGUCAAAGAUCGCAUGGCGAAUUUCGAUCCUCGGACUGACACGCUCAUUUUGGACACCAAGGUGUUAGAAGAAAACGAUGUUUUCAUCACGCACCGAAUAAUCAAUAUGCGGUUUCCUGUACCUACUGAGAGAAAUCUGUCAAACCAACUUCCCGUGUUUAUUGAUCAUUUGUUCAAUGCUGGCAUGGACAAUCUGCUUGACAGAUACAUUCACCGAGGCGAAUCCGUGUGGCGAGCAGUAGAUUUUCACAACUCAGGCUCUGUGAAACGCUUACCAGAACAGGUAUCGUAUUUGAGCGUGGUUCUGUAUUUGGGUGAGCCUGUGGCGUUACUGAGCGCAUGGACAAUCAACUUGGACGAGAUAACCAGUGAGGUUAGCAGAAAACCUUGCCACAUGCUUAUGUCAAAUAAGUUGGAGGGCAUUGCGAUUUACAAUAUUCCAAACAUGCCAUUGGGAGUUACCGAGUUGAACCAUAAUAAAUUUGAGUGCGUAAUUAGAGCGGACGUUGUAGCAAUUUUGCUGCUUGCGCUGCAAGUGGAGUCAUCCCAGGCUGCAAACAUUGAAAAACAAAUACUAGAGGAAACAAGAGAGAGUGUCCAGUUUUGGGUCAGACAUCCGCACAGUGGAUACCCACGACCAGUGUUUAACACUGCGCGGAACCGAGCGGCCUUUCGAAUCCAACGGGCAAAUAUUGGAUACGUAGCGUCUCUUUAUCCGGGUGAACGCUGGGAUUCCGGAAUACGUUGGAAUCGCACAAUGUCAGUCAGCUGUUAUCGCAGCAAAGUCAAUGGCGAAAGGAUAUUAGUUUCGCACAGAUCAGUAAGACCGCCACAUGCUUGGUUCAUAACCAAGGUAACAGUAAAAGAUAUGGGACGAUACGAAUGCUACGUCCAGGAUUGCGCUCCCAAAUGCAGGGACAUCCUUAUAGAACCUAGUCGUCAACUCACAGUUUUACCCAACAAGGACUCAUUGUUCGUUUAUUACACUCACUACAUCCCAUCCAACGAGGAGCUCCAGCUGGGAACAGUGAGGACUGCUAAGCCGGAGUUGCACAUGGGGGAAACCAGUUACAUUUCUUGCGUGGUCAGAUACUUCCCCGAAUGGUCUGAACUGGUUGAAUUGCGACUCCGUCUUACUGCUGAACCGAUGGACGUUACAGGGGAAAGUGAAGUGAUCCCAACGCAGCGUUUAGACUCAUCGUCGAGUUUCGAGAGUAUUUUUGAUAUAACACAAUGGCACCAACCUUGGAGGUAUGAUCGAAUGCGGGCUGAAUGCAUAUUGCAAAUCAGAGCAGAAAAUCUGCAAUGGACAGAUUUACGUCAAGGCCAACCACAGCCGCUUAUUAUUAAAGCAGUUGCACUCCAGUUGAAGGGGGCGCGCCUAGUCAAUAUAUUUAAUCAGUACAUAUACACAGACGAUCCACAGUUGCAGGACGUCAUGGUGAGAACACCGGCGAAUAUUGUUAGCAUGGAGGAGUAUCAGUUGAGUCCAGUGUUCCUGUUUGCUUCUGAAAGCGAGUACACUAUUUGGACUUUAGUGGCCCUCGGUUCUCGUCAAGGGAUAGUGACAAUGCACCUACACUCACGAGACAAUAACACAGCAGUAGUACACGAUGAACCCUGUCGUUCAGGCAAUGCGCGUCAACUGACAGAAGGUGAGAUCCCAAAUUUCAUUCGGUCAGUAUAUCGCGACGAGAGAAGAUUGUACCAAGCAAAGCUGGUUAACGCUUCUUUUAUUUGUAAGAUGACCAGCAAGCAUAUUGCCCUAUCGAUCAUUGUGCAUGAGAGUGCACGGACAGCUGAAUCCGUUCAGGAGUUGGUGAGACAGCGGAUCCAGCAGUGGUGGAAUGGGAUGGUAAUUCCAUCGUCGCUGCCAACACAUGCUAUAGUCAGUGUGCAAAGCGUUUCUACCGACGGAACCAUCAUGAAGAUUGAAAAGUCACCUGACCCAUUAAACACCGCUACGCUGAUUGUCAAGGUGCUGCAUGCAGCACAUGCCUCAGAGAUAUCAGCUGUGAAGGCGGUACAAGAGCUUGCACCCAUCAUGUUUGAUGAAGACAUGUUCAUUUAUCCUAGCAUUGAGGAUUACGAGGAGAUAAACUGCGGCUAGUUAGUCCAGCAACACCGAGCACUGCGUUUCGUUAAUGGUUUGUUAUUUUCUACCCUCAAUUAUAUAACCUAUUACUGUUCUUCCUGUUACAAAUAAAUCAUUUUAUUUGC